AUGUCUUUCUUUAAAAACGUAACAUCAGGCUUUACGAUUCGUAGUCGCGAUUCAAUACUUAAAGAAACACUCAUAAAUAACCUCUCGGAAAGUGUAAAGGAGAUACAAUUUGGCAACCAGUUUGAAGAAAACUUCCACAGUGUACUGGGUUCAAAUGAUUCUACAAACACAUUAUGUAUGGCACUCGAGGCUGUUUUUCUUCAUGGUUUGAAAGAUACUUUUUUGAAAAAGGCUAAAAAUGCAUUCACUGGUGAUUCCGAUCAGCAACCGCAGCCCAAUUUUUGGCCUUUGGUACUUGUAUUAUCACACAGACAAAAUAUUGACCAAAUAUCCUCAUUGCCCCAGAUCAACACUGAAAUAGGUCAGUGUCGCGCGUGGCUCCGAAUAGCCUUGAAUGAAUGUUUGUUAUCUUCAUAUAUGUCAACUCUUCUAAAGAAUAUAUCAGCAAUAAAACCUUUUUAUACUAGAACAGCUUUUGUUUGUGAUGCAGAUAUAUUGGAGAUGGCACAAAAACUUAUUGAAGGGCUAGAGACAUGCACACAAUUUAAUUUACCCACAAAUUCAAGUUUGUUAAACUAUUGGCCUGAACAGGUACUGAUGCUUGCUGGAAUAUGGGUUCCUAAGAUUAGACAAGCUCCGAUUAGUGCAGCUUUGGAUGUUGCAAGUACUAUAAUUGAUGAGGAAAAUAAACCUAGACUGGCUUCAACUCCCACAAACACUUCCAGUUUUACAGGUUUGGAACACUUUUCUCAACUAGCUUUAAACGAAGAUGAAGCAUUGGAUUUUAUUCUAUCAAAAGGUUCAAGAGAUGUCCCCAAUACUGAUUACCAGCAUAAAAGUGAAGCAGAAAGUAAUCCAAGUAAUCCUUCAAUAGAACAAAAAAAUGAAGUAACAGAUUUAGGAAAGGAGGAUAAUAAAUUAGAGGUGGAUCAGCCAUCAUCUAGUCAAGAGCCACGAGACUUGAGAUCACUGUCAGCUUGUUCAGCCGACUCUGAGGACUUUGUUACUCCCACAGAUGUGGUUGUAACUGGUAAUUCAUUGUGUGGCAAAGGAUGGUCUGCAGAAAGCAAUGAUGAGAUGAAUACCUCUAUAAACUCUAAUUCAUCUCACGGUAGCAGUAUGAUAAAAACUCCAGAACUUAAAAGUUUGUCAUCUCUUGUAGAUAACACAAAUAACUAUGGUGAAACAUAUUCUAACACCCCAAACUUAAGAGAUAUUAUGAAAGAUAUUCAUAAGGAACUAAAACUAAAUUCAGAUGAAGCUGAAAUAACUAGUAACUUAAAUGUGGAAAGUGUAACUCCAGAAGAUCCCAUGUUACAGUGUCUAGACUUCGAAGUGGUUCCCAACUGUAUGACAACAUCAUUUACAGUGCCAGAAUUGCAAAAAAUGAUAUCACAACUCGGUACCCUAUCAAGAGAACAGGGUCUUGACCACCAAAACUAUCAAUGCAAGGGAUGUCGAGAGCUGUUAGGCAGCACUAUCUCUAAGGCAAGAGUUUGUGCAUACACAGGAGAAUACUACUGUUCCAACUGCAUGGACCCUAAUGUGUUUAUAAUUCCAGCCAGGGUUAUACACAACUGGGAUUUUAAAAGAUAUCCUGUCUCGAAGAAGUCUGCUCUUUUCUUGUUAGAAUUUCAACAUCAUCCUUGGAUAGACAUGAAAAAGCUUAACCCAAAGAUUUACAAUGGAGUUUCUGAUAUGGCACAGUUACAGGAACUAAGGAUACAGCUAAACUUUUUAAGAGCUUAUAUUUUCACAUGUAGGGAACAUGUUAUUGAGGAAUUGCAAAAGCGUGUUUGGCCACGAGAGUAUCUCUAUGAACAUUUGCAUUUGUACACAAUAUCGGAUUUGGCCCAAAUACCUAAUGGCUCUCUAGCAUUGCAACUGGAAAAAGUUGUUACAUUUGCUAAGACUCAUGUCUUAGAAUGUUGGCUUUGUAGUCAAAAGGGUUUUAUAUGUGAGGUUUGUCGAGAUCCAAAGAUAUUGUAUCCAUUUGAUACGAGUACAACCUAUCGCUGUAAUGAAUGUUCUAGUGUGUUUCACUCCAAAUGUCUGAAUGCUAACAUACCUUGUCCAAAAUGUAAAAGGAAGCAAAAUCGUUCUAAUGAGGUUUCUUUGAUAACAGCUGUCAAUUCUCAUUUUGUCAAAUAG